AUGGGAGUUCGCAGCUGCGGCGAUGAACCCUUCGAGGGCGACGUGACUUCAAGGCCUUGUCCAGAAGACCAGCAUGGAAUCCAGCUUUACAACUGCACCGAAUAUGGAUACGAUUUGUUCUUUGACUCUUGUCAAUCUUUAAGUGGUUUGAUUGAAGAUCUUUGGGGUGCGCUGAACAAUUCAAGUUCUCUGGACUUACUAUCCGAUUUGAACACGGCCGUUGAAGAGGAAGAGGAGUUGUCGGGGGAAGAGAUCGAAGAUAUUGUGGACUUCCUUGGACCGUUGUUUGAAAGAUUUAUCGAUAUCUUGGGCGAAGGAGAUAUGGAUGUUGAGAAUCAUGAGAUAUUUCUAAGAAAUUUCACCUUACUCACCCACCAAAUCCUUAGUGCUCCCGACGGAUGGAUGAACAUUUCUAUCUCGCUUACUCUCUAG